UGCCCUCCCCCUCCUCCAACCUCCCCCAGGUCGUACUCUAGCUUUAGCUAAUUAGUACUUCCAUCGCAUCCUAAAUCUUAUCUUAUCAAUCUUCCUAUAUUACGGCUAGCUCUGUGCAACAUACAUCCAUCAAGUCAUGGCUCCGGACCCAGAGAAGAACUUUGGCGUUGGCUUCGUCCACCCGGAAGUGCCUGUCAGCUGGCUGAAGCGCGACCUGCUCCUCUUCGCCAACAGCAUUGGCGCUACCGAGGACGAGCUGCACUUUCUCUAUGAACUCCAUCCUUCCUUCGCCGCCUUCCCCACCUACCCAAUCAUCCUCCCCUUCAAGCACACCGACACCGACGUAAUCGACUUCUACGCCCGCAACUCCUCCACCCCAAUCCCCGGCGUCCCCAAAUUCGACUCCAAGCGCGUCGUCGACGGCGAGCGCAAAAUCAUCCUCUUGCACCCGAUCCCGCUCUCCUCCGCCGGCCGCACAUUCGUCUCCCGCACCAUCGUCCUCGGCGUCUACGACAAGGGCGCCCCCGGCAGCGUCGUCGAGACCGAGACCCAGCUCCUCGAGAAGCUCCCCGGUGGAGACGAGAAGGUGUACAGCAAAGUGAUUGGCAGCGCCUUCUUCGUCAAGCAAGGCGGCUGGGGCGGGCCCAAGGGUCCCAAGGGCGUGAAUUACCCGCCGCCCGAGGGCAAGAAGGCAGACGUGAGCUUCUCACACGCCACCACGAAGACGUCGGCGCUGCUGUACCGUCUGAACGGCGACUAUAACCCGCUGCAUGCGAGUCCCGAGGCUGGGGCCAAGAUGGGGUUUGGAGGCGCGAUCAUGCAUGGGUUGUAUAGCUGGAACACGACGUGUCAUGGCAUUCUGAAGGCGCUUGGUGGGAGCGACCCCGCGAAUAUGCGGGAGUUUGCGGCGCGGUUUGCGAGUCCCGUUUUGCCGGGCGAUGUGUUGGAGACGGAUGUCUGGGUUCUGGACGGGGAGGGCGAGUGGAGGGAGGUGCGGUUUGUGACGAAGGUUAAGGGUGGGAAGGUUUGUUUGAGUAACGGCCGGGCGAUGGUCAGGUUGGUGGCUGGGAAGAAGGAGAGUAAGUUGUAGAUUUUGAUGCGGAUAUAUGUGCUUUGAGCAUUACGUCCAUGCAGUCAAGUGUACGUUACAAGAUGUCAAACUCCGAGUAUCCGCCCAGCUACGAGAACCACGCUCAGAAGAGCUAGUUUAACAUGAAUUGAGAGAGCCUAGGUUCCGUCAAACGACAAAUUAAAGCAUCAGAAACCUAUACAUCCACAUACUUUCAACUAGUAACAUGGCUCGACCGUCAAUAGCUCCUCCGAGGCUCCGUCUGGCAUCGAAUCUGAUAUGCGUGGUGGUCCGUGCGCUUAUCCGCCUGUCUGCGUAUCAAGCUGCGUCAAUCUUUGCUCGACACA